AUGUCGCCUGGGAAAGUUCUGCAACCUGUACUGAAAAUGAAGGUGGAUGAACUCUUUUUGUGCUGGUUGAGUCAGUCUGCAACUCAGCUGACUCUAAAGGACUGCUUGAGAAGAAUCAAGAAUGAGGAGAAAAUGGAGACUAGUAAUGGAGAUUCAGGAAAUGGUAAAAACGAGAGGUUCGCCAGUAAAAAUUCCAGCUCCAAGCAAUGCGUAUUAGGAGAUACCAGAUUGCCUUUGAUGUCUUUCAGUCCUCCUCAACUUUCUACAACUCUUCCAUUGGCAACUCCAGCCAACUCAAGGAACAUUUCUAACGCUAGAACAACACGUCGAUCCUCAGGAACCAGAGUAGUUCAGACAAAGAAGGAAGAAACUUUGGCACCACCGCUUAGUCAAAACAUUCCAACUUUCUAUUUUCCUCGAGGAUGUCCUAAGGAAAAAGUGAAUAUAGAUGCUGUGAUUGCCAAAAUUGAGAGAACUUUCUCAGAGUUUCCAAAUGAGAGGGCAACAUUAGAAGACAUGGGGAAGGUGGCAAAGGCCUGUGAAUGCCCACUUUACUGGAAGGGUCCUUUGUUUUACUGCGCUGGAGGUGAACGAACAGGAUAUGUAUCAGUUCAUAAAUUUGUUGCAAUGUGGCGGAAGAUCCUUCAGACCUGCUAUGAUGAUGCUGCAAAGUUUGUUCAUCUUCUAAUGAACCCUGGAUGUAACUACUUGGUUCAAGAAGACUUCAUUCCUUUUUUACAAGAUGUGGUGAAUAGUCAUCCUGGCCUGUCAUUUUUAAAAGAAGCAUCUGAAUUUCAUUCUCGGUACAUUACCACAGUUAUACAGAGAAUAUUUUAUACAGUAAAUAGAUCCUGGUCUGGGAAAAUAACCUGUAACGAGCUCAGGAAAAGCAACUUUUUGCAGAAUGUGGCAUUAUUGGAAGAGGAAGCUGAUAUUAACCAGCUGACAGAGUACUUCUCAUAUGAACAUUUUUAUGUAAUCUAUUGCAAAUUUUGGGAGCUGGAUACGGACCAUGACCUCUAUAUUGAUCGGAAGGAUUUAGCUCGACAUAAUGAUCAUGCAAUUUCAAGCAGGAUGAUAGAGCGGAUCUUCUCGGGAGCAGUUACAAGAGGUAGAAAAGCACAGAAGGAUGGGAAAAUCAGCUAUGCUGACUUUGUGUGGUUUUUGAUAUCUGAAGAGGACAAGAAGACACCAACUAGCAUUGAAUACUGGUUUCGCUGCAUGGAUCUUGAUGGGGAUGGAGCUUUGUCUAUGUAUGAACUGGAGUACUUCUAUGAAGAACAAUGCCAAAAGUUAGAUAACAUGGCCAUAGAACCUUUGCCAUUUGAAGACUGUUUGUGCCAGAUGCUGGAUCUUGUGAAGCCACAAUAUGAAGGAAAAAUUACUCUGCAUGAUUUAAAGCGAUGUAAGUUGACAAACGUGUUUUUUGAUACGUUUUUCAACAUCGAAAAAUACCUUGACCAUGAACAGAAGGAUCAGUUUUCUAUGCUGCGGGAUGGUGAAGGGGAAAGCCAAGAGCUCUCUGACUGGGAGAAGUACGCUGCUGAAGAGUACGAUAUCUUGGUAGCAGAAGAGGCAGCAAGUGACCAGUGGAAUGAUGGGUAUGAAGCAGAACUGAAUCCUGUAGACCAUCAGAAAGCCAAUGUCCUAAAGUAUCAAAUGGAAAGAAGACCAUUUUUUGAAAUGCCUUCCCAUCUGGCUGAUGUAGACUUGGAUGAAUACGACUAUGAAGAGGACUUUGAGUAG